AUGAAGUUUAUGGAAUCGCAAGAUGAAACAGCACUUCUCUGGCUGGAUGAAAUACAAAAAGGAAUCAGUGAUGCCAAUAAUAAUAUAAAGGAAGCAUCAAGCUUGGCUGUUGGAAUGUCAAUGAUUAACAAGAGCUUGGAGAAGGGUGAUUCACAGUCAAUCCCUAUGAUACUGCAGUCCAAGUUUGGAUUACGAGUCAUUCCUGAGUGUGCUGAAACCUACUUCAGGAACCUCUCUGAAGCAAAGAACCUGAAAUAUAAAGAAGAUUCUAAUGAAAGUCCAUGGAUUCAUCUUGUAAUGAAAAAUAUGUAUGAUUACUAUUACAAUGUGGAAACUGGGGAAGGUACCUGUGUUGCCCCAGAAGGAGUUGUACCAAAAACUUCAUGGUUAACUGGUGAAGAAAUCCAGAGCAUUGUUGGGCAAGUUACAGCAGAUUACAAUCGAGAGCAGCUGUGGCUUGCUAAUGAAAAUCUGAUUGUUCAGCUGCAAGCCCGAGCAAGGGGAUUCUUAGUCAGAAAAAAUUAUCAGGAGAGAAAAGCAUACCUUCAAAACCAGGAACCGUCUGCCAUCAAAAUACAGGCUUUCUGGAAAGGAUUCAAACAAAGAAGAAGUUAUGUUGAGAGAUUAAAGGUGCUUCAAGGCAAUGUUGCUGCUAUUAUUAAGAUUCAGUCAUGGGUCAAAAUGUGGCUAGCCAAGAGAGCUUACAGGAAACGGCUGCAAUACUUCAAGGAUCAUAAUGAUGAAAUUGUGAAGAUACAAGCAUUUCUCAGAGCAAACAAAGCCAGGGAGGACUACAGAAUACUAAUUAGUGCUGAAAAUCCACCCUUGACUGUCCUGCGUAAAUUUGCCUACCUCUUGGACCAAAGUGACUUAGACUUUCAAGAAGAACUAGAAGUAACAAGGUUAAGGGAAGAAGUGGUUACAAAAAUUCGAUCCAACCAACAGCUGGAGAAAGACUUGAACUUAAUGGAUAUAAAGAUUGGACUGCUUGUGAAAAACAGAAUUACUCUUCAGGAUGUGGUACUGCACAGUAAAAAACUGAACAAAAAGAGCAAAAGCCAACUGGAAGAGAUGGUUAUGGGUGACAAACAGGGUAUCAAAGGUUUGAGUAAAGAGAGAAGAAAAAAACUGGAAGCUUAUCAACAUUUAUUCUACCUUUUACAGACUAAUCCCACGUAUCUGGCAAAGCUCAUUUUCCAGAUGCCACAAAACAAAUCAACCAAGUUUAUGGAUACGGUCAUCUUCACCCUAUACAACUACGCCUCAAAUCAGCGAGAAGAAUAUCUGCUCCUCAAACUCUUCAAAACUGCUCUAGAAGAGGAGAUUAACUCUAAGGUAGACCAGAUACAGGAUAUUGUUACUGGAAACCCCACUGUCAUUAAGAUGGUUGUCAGCUUCAACCGAGGUGCUCGUGGACAGAACACUCUGCGCCAGCUCCUGGCCCCAGUGGUGAAGGAGAUCAUGGAGGACAAGUCCCUCAUAAUCAACACUAGUCCUGUGGAUGUGUACAAGUCAUGGGUAAACCAGCUAGAAAUGCAGACCGGUGAGGCCAGCAAAUUGCCAUAUGAUGUAACCACAGAACAAGCAUUAACACACACAGAAGUGGUCAACAAACUGGAGUCAUCCAUUCAGAGCUUGCGAGCAGUAACUGACAAAGUUCUCACGUCCAUAUUCUCUUCGCUCAAUAUGAUGCCUUAUGGAAUGAGAUACAUAGCCAAAGUUCUGAAGAGCACACUCCAUGAGAAAUUCCCAGAUGCAACAGAAGAUGAACUAUUGAAGAUUGUUGGCAACCUCCUGUACUACCGCUACAUGAACCCUGCCAUUGUUGCUCCUGAUGGUUUUGAUAUAAUUGAUAUGACAGCUGGGGGCCAGAUACACCCUGACCAGAGGAGGAACUUGGGUUGUGUGGCAAAGGUCCUUCAGCAUGCUGCUUCUAAUAAACUCUUUGAAGGAGAGAGUGAACACCUAUCAUCUAUGAACACUUACCUUUCACAGACAUACCAGAAGUUCAGGAAUUUCUUUCAAGCAGCAUGUGAUGUUCCUGAACCAGAAGAGAAAUUCAAUAUCGAUGAAUACUCUGACAUGGUGACACUGAGAAAACCUGUCAUAUAUAUCUCCAUUGAAGAAAUUAUCAAUACUCAUUCACUACUAUUAGAACACCAGGAUGCCAUUGCCACUGAGCCAAAUGACCUGUUGAAUGAAUUGCUGGAAGGGCUGGGACCUGUUCCUGAUGUACAGUCAUUCCUUGGGGAAGGAGCUGUUGAUCCCAAUGACCCCAACAGGGAAAGCAUGCUGAAUCAACUUGCAAAAACAGAGAUUUCGCUGUCUCUAACAAGCAAAUAUGAGUUACGGGAAGGUGAAGAUCAGGAUCUCAAAUGCCUGAUGAUAAAGACCAAAAGACUUCUUGUGGAUAUGAUACGAACACAGCCAGGGGAUACGCUCUUAGAAAUAUUAGAAACACAACCCACUGCACAACAGGAAUCUGAGCACUUGAAACUCGUAGAAAAACGUGCCAUCUUAGAUUCCAAAACUCCAGAGGAAAUGAAGCACAUUCAGUCUGUUUUUGAAGAUGGGCAGCUACCGAUAGAACAAAAGAAAAGGAAAAUUCAGAGAAAUCUCCGGACACUGGAACAAGCAGGACUAGUGUCCUCAGCAUCUAAGUACCAAGAAAUUAUAAAUGAAAUUGCCAAGGAUAUCCGGAAUCAAAGGAGAUACAGACAUCAUCGAAAAGCUGAAUUGGUGAAACUCCAGCAGACGUUGAAUGCACUUAACUCCAAGACAGCAUUUUAUGAAGAACAAAUUAAUUAUUACAACACUUACAUAAGAACUUGUUUGGACAACUUAACAAGAAAAAAUUCACGGAGGUCAAUUAAAUUAGAUGGAAAAGAGGAGGUAAAAGGAAGCAAAAAAAUGAAGCAGGCAUCAUUAAAGUACACAGCUGCAAGACUGCAUGAAAAAGGUGUCAUCCUAGAAAUUGAAGAUCUUCAAAUCAACCAGUUUAAAAAUGUGAUGUUUGAAAUCACACCUGGAGAAGAAGUGGGUGAUUUUGAAAUCAAAGCAAAAUUUCUGGGGGUUGAGAUGGAAAAAGUGCAACUCCAUUUCCAGGAUUUGCUUCAGAUGCAGUAUGAAGGUGUGGCUGUAAUGAAAAUGUUCGAUAAAGCUAAAGUGAAUGUGAAUUUGCUCAUAUUCUUGUUGAAUAAGAAGUUCUAUGGAAAAUGAGUGUCUUCAGAUACCAUGGACUACAUUCAUCAGUGGGAAGUCUAUUCAGUAUUUUUUUUUGCUUUUAAACAUAUAAGUUUUGCUGAAUGCUUUUCCAUUUUCAAAAGCCCUAAAACACCAAAUGUUCAGAGGAAUGUACACAGUGCCUUUUCAGCAUUGAUAAUGAAGCAGAAAAAUGGGAAAUAGAUUAAUUUAAACACUUCCAGAUUUCAUUGGUGUUGGUACUUCCAAAUCAAAAUAUCUAAGACGCUCAGCUAUUGUGGUUGUAUGGAUUUUGAGGUAGGCAGAAAUUGAUUUUAGUUGAAUAUAAUAAACCUCUUCCUAUUAAAACAUCUUAAAAUGACCUCAGAUGUAUCACAUAGUUCUUAUUAAACUUAAGUAUUUACCAAAAGAAAUCCUAAUUUGUUUCUAAGG